UGCGUAUGGAUACGUACGUGUAUAAUCACAUACUCUGAACCGUACGCAUCGUAGAGCUAGUAAACUAACGUCACAGUCACGUCGUUUGAAGGAUGACAUUUAAAAUUAAUAGUCGCUGUAUUGGAAACCGAAAAUAAUAGCUAGUGCAUAGUUUAAAUUACGCAAUUCUGAAUGGAUUGUUAAAUAAAAUACACAAUAUAAAUAUGGAUGUGGACAACGAGUUUGAUCAAAAUUUGCUGCAACAGUUCAGCUGUCUGGGGACCACAGACAAAGAUGACCUGGUGAAACAGCUUCAAAGGUUAUUAGCUGGUAGUCACCUCAACGAAGCUACAGCAGCCUUUUUUUUGGACAUGAAUAAUUGGAAUCUUCAAGCAGCGAUAUGUAGCUAUUUUGAUUUUGAAUCACCAUUCAAACUACCUUCUAUGGGAUUGUUAUGCGACUCUACCAUUGGGGAAGGCGAAUCAGUGCCUCCAAAUACGAAAUUUCGCAAAUCCUGGCAAAUACAAAAUACAGGAACCGAGGCUUGGCCUGAAGGAACUUGUUUGCAGCACACAGGUGGAGUGAAAAUGGGCGACUCUACUCCAGUUCCAGUUCCCUGUGUAGCACCAAAAGCUACCCUCGAAUUAAGCGUAGAAUUAGUAAGUCCAGUGGAACCAGGAGUUUACCAAAGCAAAUGGAGAAUGGCGACGCCGACUGGCUCUUAUUUUGGUGAUGUAAUAUGGGUUAUAAUAACAGUGUGUGAAGGAGGUACUUUGGCGGUCACUCAGCAGUUGCAUCAACUAAGUACUUCACAGGCCAACGACGUCCAAAUGUGCUAGCCCUUGUCUUUUUGUCUACAUGACCGGAAUUGUUUGUAAAAAAAGAAUAUGUCCUGAAACAUCUUUUUUUAAUUUUGUACUAUGGCAACGGAGUACCAUUUUCGAUCUGUUCGAUGUCAACCUUCAAAUUUUGAUCCACCAAUUUUUGACUGGUUGGCCUUUGGAUUUGUAAUAUAAACUCAAUCAAUUUUAUUUGAAAUACCCCUUGACUUCCACCUUAAUAAUCGUUCGCAGAUGAACUCUUAUGAUUCUUAAUUAGAAAUAAAGCUUGUUCUGGCAUACGUCUUGACAUCCGGUGCUAAAUUUAGUUUUACAAAAAUAUGGCUGCGCAUCUCUAAAUAUCAAUGAAAACCUACUUGUCCGAUCAAGACGUACUGUUCAAAAACUUGAGAUCCUUUUUUCUUCAAGAUACAGUUCUAUCAUAUUUAUAUGCACGUUUAUCCCACAAAAUUACGGCUCUUCUAUUCAAAGUAAUUGUAAACUAUAAUCUUUGAAUGAGAUUUGUAUACUUCAAUGAUUUUUAAUUAGUCUUAAAAACAUAUACAUAUUGAGAAAUGAGUUUAUUGAAUAUAUAAUUUUUAAUAGGAAAUAAAGUAUACAUGAAGAAUUAUGAAAUGUACAAUAUAAAUUAUCAAUAUAACAAGGUACUUGCUCCACAAUGCAGCCAUA